AGGUUUUCUAUUCUAUACAAUUCGUCUCCUGUCUCGUGACAGAAAUGGGCAUAACGGUUAAUAAACGGUCUGUGGCACAUUACUGUGUGUGAUAGCGUAGCGAGCGGUUUUCUUUUACAUCGACCUAAGUAUAAAUAACACUUAUCCAGCCAGAUUGCUUUCUUAUGCGCUUGAUCAGGCAGCGGGGUCAUGAUCAGUCAAAGCAUGCAAGGCCAAGAAGAUAAUACAACCCGCACGAUGUCCGAUGAAAGCAGCAGCGGUCGCAAACCUAUUUCUGCGUACCCCGAGAACAUGGACAGCAGCUUUGGGGUGUGCGGCUGGCUCCUCAUCAUCCUCUCUGUCCUGCUGAUCAUCAUCACCCUGCCCAUCUCCAUCUGGACCUGCAUGAAGACUGUCAAAGAGUACGAGCGCUCCAUCAUCUUCCGGCUCGGGAGGGUCCUACGGGGCGGGGCUCGAGGACCGGGCCUCUUCUUCAUACUGCCCUGCACUGACAGCAUCAUCAACGUGGACAUGCGCACUAUCACCUUCGACAUCCCCCUGCAGGAGGUCCUGACCAAGGACUCUGUCACGGUGAGUGUGGAGGGGGUGGUGUACUAUCGGGUGAAGAACGCCACUCUGGCUGUUGCCAACAUCACCAACGCCGACUCUGGCACCCGUCUCCUGGCACAGACCACCCUGCGGAACGUCCUGGGCACCAAGAGCCUGGCAGAGCUGCUGUCUGACCGCGAGCAGAUCGCCCUGACCAUGGAGCUGUCGUUGGACAUGGCGUCAGAGGCCUGGGGCAUCAAGGUGGAGCGGGUGGAGAUUAAGGACGUGAAGCUGCCCCUUCAGCUCCAGAAGGCCAUGGCAGCCGAGGCAGAGGCCGCCCGGGAGGCCAGAGCCAAGGUGAUCACGGCGUACGGCGAGAUGAACGCCUCGCGGGCGCUGAGGGAGGCCUCUCUGGUGAUCGCUGAGUCUCCCGCCGCACUGCAGCUGCGCUACCUGCAGACCCUCAACACCAUCGCCGCCGAGAAGAACUCCACCAUCAUCUUCCCCCUGCCCCUGGAGAUGUUCCCUGGGUUCACCAGGACCCCCGCCUGACCCUGCCUGACCCCGCCAAUAGGGCUCCUCCAACGGGAGAUGAUGUCAUCCGCUGGCAUCGGGGUCCAUCGAAACACCACCACCUCUGUAGAGAGACCUGAGCCUGACGUUUACCUUAAAUAGUUCACUCCUUUCAGGAAAAAAACAUUUCCCAUUUCCCAUUUCUGCAGAAAGAAAGAUUUUAAAGCUUUUUAAGUCAUUUUGACCCUUUUGACACAGGUCAAAUUUCUGCAGAUUGCUGACCAUUUUAAAAGAAACUUGUUUUCACUCAUAUAUAGAACGAAAUUGCUCUUACAAAUGAAACCAUUCUCAGGGAGCUACAGUUUUCAGCAUCUAAAGAGUUAUGCUAUUUAUGUGUUUGUAUCUGCCAGGUCAGGUGCAGAAAACUGGUUCUAUGUGACUAAAUGGGUUUCUGAAACUGUCAAACAGUUCUCACUUCUCUGUUCAGAGUUCGGUAGUUUCAAGAAAUAAGCACAAAAAGUUUGUUAGCUUCAGUGUAUGUGUGUGUGUUUUUUUUUUGUGUUAUGUGUGAGCUGGCAUGUGUAUGUGUGCGUGUCUGUGUGUGUGUGUGUGUGUGAGAGAGAGAGAGAGAGAGAGAGAGCUUGCAUGUGUGUGUGAGUGUGUAAAGUGAGUUCCUGUUGAGGUGGAAAGUCUGGUUGUACAAGGUUUGUCAUUUGUAGAGGCAGUUUCCUGUCAGCCCACUCUGACCUGUUAUGUGCUUUUGGUAGUCAGAGACAGUGGGUUGUGUGUUCUUAGUGACCAUCUAAUAAAGACUAAGGCCUGCCAUUCCUCUUGUUCAUUCUCUGUGGUAAAAGGCUGUGCAGAAUAUGAAAUAUAUAAUUCAUGAAUUGAACUCUGAAAUGUUAGCCUGUCUUCAUAUGUCGAGUUUUAUUCAUAUUUAAUGUUCAGUAAUGGCAAGACAGGUUGUGUAUUAGCUUGUGUAUUACAUGUUUUGUUCUGACGUGCCUUUUCAAAGACCUGCACCCAUUCCUCUUUUCUUUACUGUCACAGUAAAAUUAAAAUUU